AUGGACGAUACAGUCUCAGCAGCGGCAGUUUCUGCUGAUAAAAAUGUAAUGGAGGAAAUGCCAACAGUGAACUCGCCGGCAACAUCGAUUUCUUCAUUGUUUAGUGAGCAGCUUGACGGAACUCGCAAUUCGCCAAUGGCAACAGGACACGCUUCCCCAUCGCUGAACUUUCAACGUCCCGAAUUUUUGAACACUAGUGUGCCAGACUCGGAAACAUCGAGCCGUUCGUCAUACGACGGAUUUACUAUGAAGGGAACCACCGCAGAAAACAUUGAAAAAUUCAAACUUCGUAGUAAACGAGAGAAAAGCUCGUCGGGAAGCGAUGAAGAUGAAGAAUGCGGCGAUGUUGUACGCAAAAUUAGCUCUCUCAGUGAAGAAAAGUUUGUCGGUAGAGCGAUUGAUGCUCCACGUGGACGUAUUGCCAAUAUCAGAAGAGAGAGCAAUUGCUCGAUUGAUAGUGAAGCAGCUCAUGAAAAAAUGGUCAAGGUUUCGCAGCAAGUGUCCAGCGGAUUUGACGAAUUCAGUCUUGAAUCCGAGCGCGGCUCUCCGAGUGCAUUAGAUUUUCGUCGAAGGACUCCAUCGUUCACAUGUGUCGGAGAACCAAUCAGCGUGGUGACUAAUGCUUUCAUCCCACAUAGUUGCUCGCCGAGUCCAACGCGUUUGCCGGAAGCGUUCAAGCAGUGCUACUCGCCGUCGACACAACAAAUCGUACGCCCGAAUAUCUCAUACACUCCGAGUCCACGUGGAAGUCCGUGUCAAAGUCCCACGCGUUAUGCGAAGAGCAAAAUAUUGAACUUCCGUAGUGUCUCACCAAUAUCCUUCGGCAAUCGGCAGCCAUUGAAAAGAAAGAUAACUGGCAUUGAAGCGGAUAUGGAAUGCAAGCGGUCUUUUAUUCAACGAAAUAACACAUCCCCAUUAGUCCACGACAAGACGUACCAAUCACUGAAUUCCUUCAAUUCGAACACGGAUCAUGAAUUCGCUAGUCCAUCGGUGCCUCAUAGUCCAGCUCCUCAGCCACUCGACUUUGGAAGAAACCUGACUAGCCAUGCGGUUAAAGAUUCAGAAGACAAGGAACGUAACGAGCAAGAUAAGAACGACGUUGAUAUGGACGAUGACGAAGAACAGGCUGAGAAGUUGUUGAAGCGAGCGCUUUCGGUUCCACUUCCGCCGGAUAAUUUCUAA